CUGGGAGCCCAUGUGAAGCGCCUGUUGAAGGAUGCGGCCAUCAUUCUUUGUGGGGGAGGGCUCCUGGUCUCCUCUUACCUUACCAUCAAAGGUGACGAACGUUUCUACGCCGAACAAUUGAUGCCAAUGUUGCAGAAGAUAAUAUCCCCGGAGCAGGCGCACACUCUGUCUAUAAGGUUUGCAGCGCUGGGGCUGCUCCCGAGAUGCACGCAACCCGAGUCACAACGUCUGGAGGUGAAUGUUUUAGGCUGCAGGUUCAGGAACCCGGUGGGAUUAGCUGCAGGCUUCGAUAAACACGCAGAGGCUGUGGACGGGCUCUUCAGAAUCGGCUUUGGCUUCGUAGAGGUCGGAAGUGUUACACCAAAUCCUCAGGAUGGGAAUCCAAAGCCAAGAGUGUUUCGUCUAGGGCAAGACCAAGCCGUUAUCAACAGAUACGGGUUUAACAGUCAUGGCAUAGAGGCGGUUCGCCAGAGACUCCUCAAUAGGACAGAGAAGCAGAAGAAGCUGACAAUUGGUAAGAAUCUUGGAAAAAACAAAGACGCGUCAGAAGAUGCAGCUGCUGAUUACACAACAGGGGUGCGAGAACAGGGCCCGCUGGCUGACUAUCUGGUUAUCAAUGUGUCCAGUCCCAAUACGCCGGGGCUUAGGGAACUGCAAGGCAAGAGAGCAGCUGCACCACCUGCUGGCCAAGGGGUAGUGAGCGCACGGAAUGCCUUGCCCACUGGCCACAGGCCGGCGUUACUGGUGAAGAUUGCACCGGAUCUUUCUCUGCGUGAUAAGCAAGACAUCGCCAGUGUGGUUACAGAGCUAGGUAUUGAUGGUUUGGUUGUUACCAACACUACAGUCAGUCGCCCCGACACCCUCAAGGACCCCCAGAGUGGCGUAGGUGGGCUGGCUGGGGGUGCUGAGUGGAGUUCCACUUCGAGACAUGGCAACAGAAACCGUGAGAGAGAUGUACGCGCUGACCUCAGGCAAGGUCCCCAUUAUUGGAGUGGGUGGUAUCAGUUGUGGUUUGGAUGCUCUUCAGAAGAUCCGUGCAGGUGCUUCUCUCGUCCAGCUGUAUACCGCCCUCACCUAUCAAGGACCUCCCGUUGUAGGAAAAGUGACACGGGAACUGGAGCAAUUGCUUAUGUAAGUUAA